AAAAAAAGUUCUUCUGAAUCUCCGAAAAAAAGCCGAUCGAGAGAAAUAAACAAUUCAACGGCCGUCCGAUUACUGUCUUGCUCCGUUCUGACGAUUUGUGUUCUCUGAGUAAGAUCUGAACUUUGAUUUUGUUCAAGAUAUGGCUGCUCCUCCUGCUAGAGCUCGUGCUGAUUACGAUUACCUCAUCAAACUUCUAUUGAUCGGAGACAGCGGUGUGGGUAAGAGUUGUCUCCUCUUACGUUUCUCUGAUGGCUCAUUUACCACCAGUUUCAUUACAACUAUUGGAAUUGAUUUCAAGAUAAGGACUAUAGAGCUCGAUGGGAAGAGAAUUAAGCUGCAAAUCUGGGAUACUGCAGGACAGGAGCGGUUCCGCACUAUCACAACUGCAUACUACCGUGGAGCCAUGGGCAUCUUGCUUGUUUAUGAUGUGACGGAUGAAUCAUCUUUCAACAACAUCAGGAAUUGGAUCCGUAACAUUGAGCAGCAUGCUUCUGAUAAUGUCAACAAGAUUUUAGUUGGGAACAAAGCUGAUAUGGAUGAAAGCAAAAGAGCUGUGCCAAAAUCUAAGGGCCAAGCUCUUGCAGAUGAAUAUGGAAUCAAGUUUUUCGAGACUAGUGCCAAGACUAACUUAAACGUUGAGGAAGUUUUCUUCUCAAUUGCUAAAGACAUUAAGCAAAGACUCGCAGAUACUGAUGCAAAGGCUGAGCCACAAACAAUCAAAAUGAACCAAUCCGACCAAGGUGCAGGAACAUCUCAAGCUACUCAGAAAUCAGCAUGUUGUGGUUAGUAAAAAACCGGGUCCAGGAGACAAUCGACAGGGAAGAACUCAGCUAGUGAAAGAGACAUAUGGUAUUAUUGUUUACCUUUGGAAAGAACAGAAAAAAAGGAAAAAGGAAAUCAAUCUUCUUUUGCUUUUUUUAUUUUAUGAGAUAGUGUUUUCUAAUUCUACGUUUAUUCUUUAAAACUCUUUCUUUCCCCCUAAUGGUAUAGUGUGAAAGGACACAAUUCGUAUUCCAAUAUUUUCCGGAA